ACCAAAUAUUGUAAGAUGACAUUUUAAUCGUGUAAAGUUCAUUCGGACCCUUCCGCGGCGCCGCUCGUCAAUUGCAACCACUCCGAUACUCCGCCGUGGUUGGUUGCCGCCGGCUAGGAAAAUUCUUCCUCUCUUUUCAAGUCAAGGCAUUGCACUAACUUAUCUGCCUUGUCAGAAUGAUGGAUUACAGAAACAAGCUAGUCUUGGCUCCAAUGGUCCGAGUGGGUACAUUGCCAUUUAGGCUGCUUGCUGCCCAAUAUGGUGCUGACAUAACCUAUGGAGAGGAGAUUAUUGAUCAUAAGAUCAUCAAAUGUGAGCGGCGAGUUAAUGAUGUCUUAGGGACUACUGACAUAGUGGAGAAGGGAACUGAUAAUGUUGUUUUCAGAACGUGCCCCGAGGAAAGAAAUCGAGUUGUAUUUCAGAUGGGCACUUCUGAUGCCAUGAGGGCUCUCAAAGCUGCUGAAAUAGUGUGUAAAGAUGUAGCAGCAGUGGACGUAAACAUGGGAUGCCCCAAGUCAUUCUCUAUUAGUGGAGGCAUGGGUGCUGCACUGUUGAGCAAACCAGAGCUCAUCCAUGAUAUUUUGACAACAUUGCGGAGGAACUUGGAUGUACCGAUAACAUGCAAAAUUAGGUUAUUAAAAGAUCCGCAGGAUACAGUGGAAUUGGCACGACGAAUUGAGAUGACUGGUGUCUCUGCUCUUGCUGUCCAUGGAAGGAAAGUUCCAGACAGGCCAAGAGAUCCUGCAAAGUGGAAUGAGAUUGCUGAUGUUGCUGCCGCUCUCUCUAUUCCGGUUAUAGCAAAUGGUGAUGUUUUUGAAUAUGAGGAUUUUCAACGUGUUAGAAAUGUAACAGGUGCUUCAUCUGUGAUGGUUGCAAGAGGAGCCAUUUGGAAUGCUUCUAUAUUCUCUUCUGAGGGAAAAAUACCAUGGGAAGAUGUCAAAAGAGAGUAUGUGAGAAAGAGUAUAUUGUGGGAUAAUGAUAUCAAAAGUACAAAGCACACCCUGAAGGAAAUGAUAACGCACUAUUCUUCCCUUGGGCGCCCGGAGGGGCUGGCAGUAAUUAAAUCAGAUACCUUGGCAGAUCUAGCGAAACUUUAUGGCGAAGAGGAAUACUACGAAUAUGUCUCAGAGAGUCGGAGGAAGCAGAUAACAUAAGAUACCCUCACUAAUCAUAGAACUCAAUACACCAAGAUGUCGAUGAAACUAGACAACCAGUUAUAAUUUAUAAAGCUACUAGUGGAGUGUUCUGAAGCAAGAGAUAGAGGCGGAAUUUGCCCAUGAGGUUGCUAAUGAGUUGAAGAGUUGCGUAGUUCUGACUUCCUUCCGUGUGAUGUGACUAUACCGACUGAUAUCUCUUGUUUGAGUUUGAAGUAACAUUCCACAGCCGCUGAACGAAUCCAUCAGUUUGAACAAUAUUCAUUGUAGGCUAUACACUAAAUUGAACUAGUGGGUUACCUUACCUGCAUAAACCAACACGAUAGCUAUGUAUCCUUUGGAUUAUAAGGGGUACCCCAUUGAAGUUUUUGCUUUA